ACGGCGGCGGAGGAACGUUCACAACAAAGGCGAGAGGCAGAAUUUUUAUUUAGAGUCAACACAGUUUCAUCUGAAAACCGUUGAAUUACUCACGGCCAUAAAGAAAAAACGCGACUGCUAUCAUCACGACAACUGGGAAGUCCAUCAUGUCGGUUGUCUGCAGGCCCACAGGCUGAAGAGGUGUGAGCAGUUGGGAGAGCUGGGGACGGAGCAAUGGGAAACACGGCCACAAAGUUCCGCAAGGCACUGAUCAGUGGAGAUGAGGUUCUGGCUUAUCAGCUCUACGAGGGCAACCCUCAGUUCAAAGAGUCACUAGACCCCAACACCUCAUAUGGGGAACCUUACCAACACAACACCCCGCUCCAUUACGCUGCCAGACAUGCCAUGACACGCAUACUCAGGUCCUUCCUCUUCAGCAAGGACGGGAACCCAAACAAACGUAAUGUGCACAAUGAAACGGCACUGCACGUUUUGUGCAUGGGACCACACAUCAUGCUGUCCGAGGGAGCCCUGCAGCCACGCCUGGCCCGGCCCUAUGAAGAUGAGCGCAGACGGGCUGAGUGUCUGCAGAUGAUCUUAAAGUGGACUGGUGCCAAAUUGGACCGUGGCGAAUAUGAGAGCGCGGACGUCAGCGCCAACGAUAACAAAAAAAACACACCGCUACAUUACGCCGCUGCCUCAGGGAUGAAGAUAUGCGUUGAGUUUCUGGUAAAGCGUGGUGCCGACCUGUUUGCGGAGAAUGAGAACAAGGAAACCCCGUGUGACUGUGCAGAAAGGCAGCACCAUAAGGAGCUCGCUCUCAGUCUGGAGUCUCAGAUGGUCUUCUCCUCCGACCCCCACGCUGAGGAUAUCGAGGCCGAGUACGCAGGCUUAGACCGCAGGGAGUUUUAUGAAGGUUUGAGAGUGCAGGAUCUCAGAAGACUGAAGGACAUGCUGAUAGUGGAAACAGCGGACAUGCUGCAGGCUCCUCUCUUCACCGCCGAAGCUCUUCUCCGGGCUCACGACUGGGACAGGGAAAAGCUCUUGGAGGCAUGGAUGUCUAAUGCUGAAGACUGCUGCCAGCGCUCGGGCGUUCAGAUGCCCACCCCUCCGCCCAGAGGUUACAACACGUGGGACACCCUGCCAUCGCCCCGUACGCCCCGCACCACACGCUCAUCCAUCACCUCUCCAGACGAGAUCAGCCUGACCCCCGCUGAUGACGAUCUCUCACUGUGUGGGAUCUGUAUGUGUGCAGCCUCCAUGUUUGAAGAGCCUGUUGAUAUCCCAUGCGGACACGAGUUUUGCAGAGGAUGCUGGGAAAGCUUCUUGAAUCUGAAGAUCCAGGAGGGGGAGGCCCAUAACAUCUUCUGUCCGGCUUAUGACUGCUUCCAGCUAGUUCCUGUCGAGGUCAUCGAGAGCAUUGUGUCCAGAGAGAUGGACAAACGUUACCUGCAGUUUGACAUCAAGGCAUUUGUAGAGAAUAAUCCUGCCAUCCGGUGGUGCCCGCGGGCCGGCUGUGACAGAGCGGUGCGUUUGUCUGGACAAGGGCCCGGUGCCAGCAUUUCUGACCCGCUCAGCUUCCCUCUUCUUCAGGCUCCUGCGGUGGACUGUGGGAAGGGCCAUCUCUUCUGCUGGGAAUGCCAAGGAGAAGCCCAUGAACCCUGUGACUGCCAAACAUGGAAGAUGUGGCUUCAGAAGGUCACUGAUAUGAAACCAGAAGAACUGGCAGGUGUAAGUGUGGAGUAUGAAGAUGCUGCCAACUGCCUGUGGUUACUCACCAACUCCAAAUCCUGUGCCAACUGCAAAUCUCCCAUUCAGAAGAAUGAAGGCUGCAACCACAUGCAAUGUGCCAAGUGUAAGUAUGAUUUCUGCUGGAUCUGUCUGGAGGAGUGGAAGAAACACAGUUCAUCCACAGGAGGAUACUAUAGGUGCACGCGUUAUGAGGUUAUCCAGCAGGUGGAGGAACAGUCCAAGGACAUGACCGUUGAGGCGGAGAAGAAACACAAAAACUUUCAGGAGCUGGAUCGCUUCAUGCACUAUUACUCACGCUUUAAGAACCACGAGCACAGCUACCAGCUAGAGGAACGUCUUCUUAAGACAGCCAAAGACAAGAUGGAGCAGCUGAGCAAAGUUCUGAGCGGAAGAGAGGGAGGCCCUCCAGAUACUACUUUCAUUGAAGAUGCAGUGCAUGAACUACUUAAGACCCGUCGCAUUCUCAAGUGCUCUUACCCAUACGGCUUCUUUCUGGAGACCAAAAGCACAAAGAAGGAAAUAUUUGAACUUAUGCAGACUGACUUGGAAAUGGUGACUGAAGACCUUGCGCAGAAGGUCAACCGACCGUACCUCCGCACACCACGUCACAAGAUCAUCCGCGCCGCCUGCCUGGUGCAGCAGAAACGGCAGGAGUUUCUGGCGUCUGUGGCGAGAGGCGUGGCGCCCAAUGACUCACCUGAUGCCCCUCGACGAAGUUUUGCUGGAGGAACAUGGGACUGGGAGUACUUGGGUUUCGCCUCCCCAGAGAUCCAGAGGAAUCAAGCCUUUCUCGGGGGAAAUGAUCCGAGAGAACAGUGUCAGUAUACAGGAAGCCAUCCGCAGGAGUAUGCAGAGUUCCAGUAUAGACGCAGACACAGGCAACGCAGACGUGGAGAUAUGGCCAGCCUCCGCAGCAACACACCUGACCCAGAUGACCCCAACAAUGGCACUUUAGACAUGCAAGAAAUCGGUGGUGGUCCGCGGCAGGGUCUGCCAAGGACCCACAGUUCCCUGGAUGAAGAUGAUCCAAAUAUCCUCUUGGCCAUCCAGUUGUCUUUGCAGGAGUCUGGUCUGGCUAUGGGCGGCGCUGGCAUUGACGCCCAAGAGAUACUCGCCAACGAGGCGUCUCUAGGGGCCAUCGGAACAUCCCUACCCACACGGCUGGAUCCGGUGCUGUGCGGUAGAGAUGUGCCCCGCGCUGCCCUGAGCAGCUCCGAGCUGUUAGAGGUGGGUGACAGCUUGAAAAAGCUCGGAAACAUAAGCGGGCAGAAUGUUCCUCUGCGUUUUGACAAUCUUAAUACUCGUGAGUCCGAAGAGGUUCAACCGUCCUCUGAUUUUGGCUCAGACAGCGCCAACCUUCUUGGCAACAUCAUGGCUUGGUUUCAUGACAUGAACCCUCAGAAUAUCAGUUUGGUUCCUUCAGCCGGUGCAAUGAAUCAAGAAUUCACCGCUUCAGCUGCAAGGAUGACGUCGGAGCUGACUGCAGAGUGCGCCGUUCCAAAAUGGACAGCAGAGUGCGAUAGAGAUCAAGAGCGAGAGUACGGCACCAGCCGUGCCACGGAGGAACGCGAGCCCGUCAGGCCGACGCAGCUUGACCUGGUGGGUCUCGAUGUGUCUCCGGGACCUCCUGAGUCUGUCGAGUUAGGGGACACUCCGAGCGGUUCCAACCCGUGUCACUCCGACACCCCGAAAUGUGACUCAGACCCUGACCAGCCUAGCAGUAGCUCCUCGGAAUGGGAGGGUCAGGUGCACCUUGUAUGAAAUACUGACUCCUCCUACUCCGUUAACCACUUUAUGAUGUGAAAUAGCUAUCGGAUUUGAACCCGAGGAUCAUCAUGAAAAGAAAAGCCUAUGUAUUGUCAGAUAUGUCGAAAUCAAAGCCGUUUUUAAAAUCUGGCCAGUGUGUUACAGGCCUCCGUUUGAGGCAUGUGUUCACCAAAAACUUCCAGUUAUAAAGUGCGAAAGAUUUUUACUAAGUCAGCAACUGAACCAGACAGCAUUAUGUAAUCCUAGAGGGAAAAGUUUAUGAGGUUAUCAUGAGCAAGCAGUCAGAGCCGUACGCCUCUAAUAAUGAUAAUCUACUGUAUAGAACAGGACCGUGUUUGGAGGACAUCCUGUCUUUAUCUGCUUAAUUUUCAAUGAUGUAAAAGGUGCCAAAAACACCGGCUAGUACACAGCGUUCACUAACGCCCGGUGGAUGGUGUGCCGAAUGUGCCUCCUCCUGAAGGGCUCGGUCGCCCUCUCCUUCCUUUAAAGUCCACCUGUAGUGUUAGCACACAGAAGAGCGGGCCUGUUCUGUGGUGCAAAGAAUCACAGAAACAAAAAAAGAACGUAAUUCUAGUCGCUGUUCGCUUAUUUCUUUUUCGGUUCAAACGUAAUCACUGUUUCAAUGGUAAAAUAGAGAGGAAAGUAUCUGUGAGGUUCAACUCAUUUCAGGAGUGCCGCACUGGCUCUGUUUUCUCUUUGCAACUUAUCACAGUGCCUUUUCUGUGACACUAUUCUUUAUUUAUAGGCACUCUCAGAACACAGAAUGUGGUGAGUUCUAUACACGCCGUGACCGUACUUUCAGGUGGCAAAUAAGCAAACGGCCUCAAUGUUUUUUAAAAAACACUUUUUUUUAGAAAUGUUCAAUUGCCCUUUAGCAUGUUUCUGGUCCCUUUCCCCAGAGUGUUUUAAAGAAAGUAUUUAAAAACUAGAGAAAGAAUGAGUUUACGUGCUCACUCGCAUUUAUGUGGAUUGCAUUCAUCUAUAUUGAAUCUGGAGAUAUUAUAAAUUAUGUGUAAAAGAGAAGAUGUGAUAUCCAGAAUGUGUGGUGAUGAUGUUAAACAUUUCAGUGUGGGAUUUAAAGAGAUAGUUCACCUCCCCCUCAUGUCAUUCUAAACUUCAUUCUUAGUUUUGUUUAACAUUGAAAGUGUUCACUAAAAUAUUCGGGUUGUUUUUUGUGCACACAAUGGCUGUCAAGAAUGAAAGAUGAUUUAUAUUGAUUAAUUACUUUUUUUACAUUUGUUUUUCACACGAAGCUGUCAUAUGGCUACAAAAUACUUGAUCUUAAAGGGGCAGUUCACCCAAAAAUAAAAAUUCUGUCAUCAAUUACUCGCCCUCGAGUUGUUCCAAAUCACAGCAACACAGAUAUUUGGAAGAAAGCUUGUAACCAAACAGUUCUUGGCCAUGGACUACCAUAGGAGGAAAAAUGACAAUGGUAGUCAGAAGUGACCCAGAACUGUUUACUUUCCUACAUUCUUCAAAAUAUCUUCUUUUGUGUUCAACAGAACAAUUACAUUUAUACAGAUUUAGAACAACUUGAGGAUGAGUAAAUGAUGACAGAAUUUUCAAUUUUGGGAGAACUUUUCCUUUACGAACCAUGAUUUACUUUUAUGGUGUUUUUGUCAUGUUUAUAACUUGAACAGUCCCAAUUACCAUUUAAUUUUAUUAUAUAGAAAUGAGUUCCUUUUGGGUUCAACGGAAAAAACAAUAUAUAAGUAGUCUGGAACACCAUGAGGGUGAGUAAAUUAUAACACUUUUUUUGAGUGAACUUAACCUUUGAAAUAUCACUAUGGCUAAAAUCCAUAGAUGUGACCAUAUCUAUGUUUUUUAUUUUUUUAUGACACAAUGCUUGCAAGAGCGUCUGUUUUCACCUUUGAAAAUAUUCAGGUGUGUGAUCUUUGGAUCUUUUUUAAGGCUGUGGCAAAUAUACAUCGAUGUGACAGUCAAAAGCGGCAACAAUUCAAUUACAAACAAAAAUAAUAAAUAUAACUGGUAUUUCUCUACAAUAAAUAAUGAAAAUGUAUUUUCUAUUUAUUUAAAAUUGAAUGCCCUGCUUUAAAAAAAGUCAAUGAAAGUAAAAACCCAACAAACAAAAAAAAUCGUAAAUAUAUUUUUUGUGUAUAUAUAAAACUGUUCUAAACAGUGCCACUUCUGACAGCGUGCGUAUUACUUACAAGUGACUGGUGAAAUCUUUAAAAGCCAUUUAAAAGAAAUUAACAAUUUGUACAACUUUUUGAUUUGCUUUUUUUCUUGAGAACACCUGGUCAACUUUACUUCAGAUGAAACUGUCAGUUCAGGUAGAACUGAAUUCUACGCACUUCAGAAAAUUGCACAAAACUAGCUCACACUUCAGCCUUGAAAUAACCCACUUGAGUUCAUAGGUUUGCUGUUAUAUUGGCAGCUCUAGCUGUGCAGGCGCCUCAUGUUUUACUGUGGGCUUGAUGGAAUAUGUAUGUUGAUUCUGAACUAUUGUCCUAAUGCAGUAUUGCAUUGCAUAAUGGAAACUGACAUGAAGUUGUUUUUGAAGUGGUGUUUUGCAGCUUGGAGUCAUUCCAGAAGAUUCAUCGAUUAAGGAGAGUUCACGCGUUUUUUACUGUAUGUAUGUGUGAUCUGAAUCAGUUAAGCUCAAUAAAUUGCAGUAUUUCUCUUUGAAGUAAUGUAUGUCGGCAGAGGCACAGGUGGAGCAAAUGUCUGUUUUCAUGAAGCGUGUGAUAGAUUUGAAACAACUGACCAGACAUGAGAAAAAUAGGUGAAUACAAAGUUGUCCUGUAUGUGUCAGUAUGCUGUGCAUUUAGCAACUAUAAUAAACAUAGAUCAUGUUUUCCUGUCUAAAGGCAAUUCAAGUGUCAAGGCUAUUGUUUGGGGGAAGGGGCGGUGGGGUAAAGCAAAUCUUGUAACCCAUUGCAGAUUUUAUAUUGUUAACCAUCUAAUCCUCGAAAUGGUAUUUGCACUUUUAUGAUCUUGAUACACUUGAUACAUUCCCAAUUUAUAUUGACAAUACAAAUGUGUGGUGCUUGGCCCGAUUUGAGUGUGAAUCUUAAUAAAGUUGCAGUUGUUAAAGUGG